UGUCACUUUAGUUGUCAGUUGUUUGUCAAAUCACCAUGUAAACAAUGACCUAAGAAACAACGAAAAUUUUUGAUAAAUUGCCUCAUUUAAUCAGUCAGUGACAUUAAAAACAUUUAAAAUUUAUUUAUUGAUGUUGUGUCUUUUUCAUGAAACAAGAGAGAGGAGAAAAAUACUUUGUGUUUCUAUUUACGGCUAAAUGAUGAUGCCCUGAUAAGGAACUGAUCUGAACUAAGAAUAACACGUUAUUUAUAUAAGAAAGUACGAAGAUUUAAUAAAUUAAUAAAUGUUAACAAUGAAACCACCAAUAGAACCAAAUAAAGAGGAUUGUUGUAACAGUGGUUGCAAUCCUUGCAUAUUUGAAGUAUUUGAGAAGCAAUUACAAUUGUACAAGAAGUGUAAAGAAAACGACGAAAUACUUAAGACAGAAGAAAACGGCAUAUCACAACUUGAAUAUUCGUCAUUCUUUAUUAGCGAUAUUGUUGAAUUGACUGAAAAUCUUAGAAUUUUAAAAUUCAAAAAGUUAAGAACCGAUUCUAAUACAAAAAUUUUUUGGAAUGCUGGUGACCAUUUCCUUUUGAAAUACAACGACGGAAAUAUGUCAUGUUCCAGGGCAUAUACUCCCAUUAAAUUAAAAAAAAGUUACCUUGAGGAUUUUGAUUUUCUGAUUAUUGUUAAGAAAUACAGUCAGGGAUUAGUGUCACAAUAUUUAUUUACAUUAGAAAAAGGGCAUGAGACAUUAUGGAGAGGACCAUAUGGCCAUUACAAUGUUUUAGAAAACAAAUUUAAAAGAAUUGUUAUGAUUGCACAAGGCACAGGUAUUGCACCUUUUAUUUAUAUCAUAGAUCAAAUAUUAAAUGAUGAGGACAAUAUGACCAAAUUAGUUCUGUUUUUUUGCUGUAAGAGUUUAAAUGAAAUUUUGUUCCGGAAUGAGCUAUAUGAAUUUAAAUCAUAUUGGAAUUUUCAAUACCAUAUAUACUUAAGUGAUAGAUGGAAUGACAAUAAAAAUAAAGUCAUGUAUAGCGAACCAAUAAUAGAAAGAAAACUCAGAGCUGAUGAUUUGGUGGAAAUAAAACCAUGUAAUAGUGACCAGUUUCUUGUAUGUGGGUCACAACAAUUCAUGAGAGACUUUGAUCAUAUUUUAAAAAAGGAAUUGUGUGUAGAAAAUAUUGUUUUAUUUUAAAACCUUUUCAUAGUUACAAUAUAAUUAACUUAUUGGUGAUUUUUUUUUAAUAGACUUUAGUGGUUUGAAUAUGUGUUUAUAUGAAAAGAAAAAGAAUAUUAUAAUACAUGAUAGUUCCAAUUUUCUAUUAUUAAAUGUUAAUCCAAAUGUCAUUUGAAUUUUGAGGUCAAAACUUGUAGGUAUAUAUGAACCGGGCUAGAGGAUAUUAUAAUAAAAAAAAAUACAAAUUUGGAGAAACUUCUUGGAAUUACUCAAACAUAACCCUUUGUGGUGAAACUGUCAUAGACAAUAAGGUUGACAGCAGCUCAAUAAAAAAAAAACUGUAGUACACUAUCAAGCUAUAUAAAUUUUAUUGUAUUUUUACUUGUGUGAUAUAUUACACUUCAAUCAAUCAAAUUUAAGGGCUUGAUGUCUGAAAAUGUCAUACCUACUUUUGUAUGAUCUGUGUUAAGCAAAUAAUGUUUUCAUAAGAUAAACUAUACAAAAAGUGACCGAUUUCUCAGAGUAAAUAACUGACCUUUAGUUCAGUUAUUGAAAUAAAUAUUAAUGUCACUAAUAUUAAUUAAAUGACUUAGGAUCUCCUCGGGCUCAUCAUAUACAUUAUGAAAACUUAAGAUUUGAUUUGAUUGGAAAUGGUUUGAGUACUCAAGGUAGCUGUAGUAGGGAAUUUACCAAAAAAAUCCCACACAUGUUACUUACCUAAUAAGAAUCUGGCAAAAAAAGUUGUCUUAUUAAAAAUCACGGAGUCUUUGUUUUUUUUACAUCAAUGUGGCUUUUGAAUAACUGUUAAUCAAUAAUCAUAAACAUCAGAUAACCAUUAUAAUAUUCCGACUGCUGCUGCUGUUGCUGCAACUGCGACAAGCAAAAUACUGCUGGUUAAUAGAGAUUUUUUUUUUAAUACAAUUUUUACAGAAAAAUACAGCCAAGGAAAGAUAAAUUGACACAAUAGAUUUCUACACAAAACACAAUACUAGCAGUCAUUUCAUUUUGUACUAUAUAUAUCAAAUACACAGAGGAAAGAGUUAUUCUUUAUAUAUUAAUCUUAAAAAAUAUCUAUUGUGGGGAGGUGAAUAUUGAACUAUUAGUUUUUGAGAAACCAUUA